AUGGAGAGUGUUUCUCACUACAAGUCUUCGAAUAAUGGGAAAGGGAAAGGACAAUACCGUGGGAAACCGUAUGAUGAUAAGAAGAAGCAGAAAUAUGGUUAUUGCGGGAAGCCAAGUGGGGGAGGAGCUAGUACUCCGAUUAAGUGCUACAAGUGUGGUGUCGAAGGACAUCGUGCUAAUGAAUGCAUUAAGAAUUCAGGAAAGUGUUUCAAGUGUGACAAGCCGGGUCACAAAGUUGUGGAUUGUAGAGUUGGUUUGGGUGUGACUUUCUACAAUUGUGGUGAAGCUUGCAGUGAUUUCGGUGGUGAUUCUGAGAUACCGUUGAAGGCCAUGGAGAAGAUGAAUUUAAGUGUGAACUCUGAAGAUUGUUGA